AUGGCGAGUCCAAUUGGGAGAGAUUCCUAUGAUGGCGCGAAGCUUCACCACUUUGAGCGUCGUCGUAUACAGGGCGUGAAAUGGAGCUACGCCGUUGCGUUUGUUGCUUCCGUUACUGCCAUUCUUGCGAUUAUGCUUGUUCUGGCAAUCAUUUGCAAGUUUGCAAAUCCGCCGCGCGCUCCCGCGCAGCACUUUGCUUUUGCAACCUCGGGAAGCUUGAGAAAUGGUGCAGACGAAAACAGGCGUCUGUCGCGCGCGCAGCGCAGAGGGAGCACGGUACGCUAUCCACGGGGGUCUACAUCUCAGAUUGGGCUAUUAGAUCAGAUCCAACCCGUUCCCGUGGCGACACAGUACGAACCAAGGAAGCUUCCGAUGCCUCCGCUGCAACCAGGUGAAAAACGCGCGUCGCGCUUGUUACCUGCACCGCCCGUUCAACAAUCGGUCGGUAUGGUACCGCAUGAGAUUCCUUCGUAUGCAUCCGCAAGUUCGUCGAGACCCCCUCGCAUUCUCCCUCAACCACCGAUUACGGAUAUGCUUUCGCCGUUUCGGGACGAAGGGAUGUCACCAUUUGACUCGAAUGAAGCGUUAGCAACAUCGCACCCCUCACGAAACGCGCGAGGAUAUGUUCCUCUCCCUGAUCCUGCUGCAUACCGAAACGUUCAUUCAGAGAACGCGUAUGAAGGAUACCCCGCACAGGAAGGCUCAGAUGCUUAUUACACCGACUCGGGGCCCAAGCAACAGUUGAAAGGGAAUCCAUCUCAGAGUUCCCAGCACUCCCGUGUAGAAAGCAUUGGCGCUGGCGACUACCGUCGUCACAGCCGCAAGUACAAGGGGCGGAUGUCAACUGCGGAGCGCGUCAAUGUUCUUCGUGCUACCAAUACCGAUUACGACAAUACUAGCGAGUCCAAGUCGAACAAGCCGCCAAGGGAGCUUCCGUAUCCGCCCAUGAGCAAUCGCGAAAGUGAAGAGCUAUACACGACAGAGUCUGCUCAAUAUCCGGUUCGUGACGAGCACCAGUACUGGGGCGAUUAUGAUAAUCGACGCUGGAUGCAGUCGACGAACAACACUGGUAAAAUUUAUCGAUACAACCCGAUUUGA